GCUGGUAGUAUCUGUCAGCUGUUUGCACACUGUUUACCCAUAGGGGAUCUAUUACAAGUGCUCAAAUGAACCGGCAGCUUGGAAACUAGCAGCUUCCUGGGAGCUGCAAUUACAUAAGCAUAUAUUUUUAAUAUAAUAAUAAUUAAAAACCAAGUAGCCGCGGUAUGCCUGGAUCAGCUACAGCUAUCCGACAAGAGAGACUGAAGAAGACCAGUGCAAGGCCAAUUCCCCUUGGUUUAUUCACCAUUAAUGAGGAAGAUGAACAGCAAAAGAAUGGAAAUUCCAGAAGACCUAAAGCACCUGACAGCUACAAAGUGCAUGAUAAGAAAACCGCCUCCAACCGGCCCUCUGCUAUUUCAGGACAAAAUAGCAACUACUCAGGAAAUAAACCAGACCCUCCUCCCGUGCUGCGGGUUGACGACCGGCAGCGGCUGGCCCGGGAGCGGCGUGAGGAGCGGGAGAAGCAGCUAGCUGCGAGAGAAAUCAUCUGGUUAGAAAGGGAAGAGCGAGCCCGGCAGCACUAUGAAAAGCACCUGGAAGAGCGGAAGAAGAAGCUGGAAGAGCAGAGGCUGAAGGAGGAGCGGAGGAGGGCUGCUGUGGAGGAAAAGCGGAGGCAGAGACUGGAGGAAGACAAAGAACGCCAUGAAGCUGUUGUACGGCGUACAAUGGAAAGGAGCCAGAAGCCAAGACAGAAGCAUAACCGCUGGUCAUGGGGAGGCUCUCUCCAUGGGAGCCCCAGCAUCCACAGUGCAGGUGGUUUUGUUGCAUCAUCAUUCACCUUUCUCGAUUUAGCAGGCCUGGACCACCACUUCACAACUCUUGGUGGUACUAGAAAAUCUGAUCCAGACAGGCGGUCAGUUUCCACCAUGAAUCUUUCGAAACAUGUCGAUCCCGUCAUUAGCAAGCGGCUCUCCUCUUCAUCUGCAACUUUACUAAAUUCUCCAGAUAGAGCUCGCCGCCUGCAGCUCAGCCCAUGGGAGAGCAGCGUUGUUAACAGACUGCUGACGCCCACACAUGCGUUCCUGGCCAGAAGCAAAAGCGCGGCUGCCUUGUCUGGAGACCCAGUUAUCCCCAUUUGUCCUCGUUCAGCAUCUUGCAGCCCCAUCAACAUCAUGCCCUACAAAGCUGCACACUCUAGAAAUCUGACGGAUCGACCCAAAUUCUUGGUAACACCGCCAGAGGGCUCUGCGCGAAGGAGGACUGUUCAUGGCACAGUGGGCUAUAAAAGAGACAGAGAGAGAGAAAACCUCCUGUUCCAACCCACGUGUGGCAUUCGGAGGGCUCUGUCUCCAUCUCAUCCCAAAGUAAGAUCACCAGGGCCCUCCCGACUUUGGCUUCCAUCCAAGUCCUUUCCUCAUCUGCCUGGCACACCCAGACCAGCCUCCUGCUUGCCUCCCGGAUCAGUCAAAGCUACCCCUGCCCAGGUCCGGCCCCCAUCCCCUGGCAACAUCCGCCCUGUCAAGAGAGAAGUCAGAGUGGAAUCUGAGAGAAAAGAACCCGAGAAGGAACCCCAGAAAGUUGCCAGUGAGCCAUCACUUAAGGGCAGAGCACCUUUAGUGAAGGUGGAAGAAGCCACAGUUGAAGAGGGGACACCUGUCAAACCAGAGGCUGCUCCUGCUGCUUCAGCCCCAGCCGUGGCCCCCGCGGCCCCCGCUCCAGCGCCGGUCCCAGCCCCAGCCUCAGCCCCAGCCUCACCAUCCACUGUGACUGCUUGCGCUUCUCCCAAGACCUCUGCGGGCACCACCGACCCGGAAGAGGCCACGAGGCUGCUAGCUGAGAAGAGGCGGCUGGCCCGGGAGCAGAGAGAGAAGGAGGAAAGGGAGAAGAGGGAGAGGGAAGAGCUGGAAAGACAAAAGAAAGAGGAGCUGGCGCAGAAGGUGGCGGAGGAGCGGGCGCGGCGCGAGGAGGAGGCCCGCCGGCUGGAGGCCGAGCAGGCCCGACAGCGGGAAGAGCAGCUGCGCCGGCAAGCGGAGGAGGAGCGGGAGCGGCGCGAGCGCGAGGGCGAGGAGCGCGCGCAGAAGCAGAAGGAAGAAGAAGCUCGCGUUCGGGAGGAAGCAGAGAGGGUUCGGCAGGAGCGGGAGAAGCACUUCCAGAGAGAAGAGCAGGAGCGCCUGGAAAGAAAGAAGCGACUUGAGGAGAUUAUGAAAAGAACAAGACGAACAGAACCCACAGAUAAGAAAACUGUUGAUCAGAGAAACGGAGAUAUAACCAAGGGAGCUCUCACUGGAGAAACAGUGGUAUCUGCCCUUCCGUGUCUGACAGACUCUUCAGGAAAUGGAGAACCAGUGGCCAGCCCACAUGCCGUUACCUCACACCAAUCAAAAGUGACUGUGGAGAGUACUCCCAAUUUGGAAAAACAACCAAGUGAAAAUGGAGUAUCUGUUCAGAAUGAAAAUUUUGAGGAAAUUAUAAACUUACCCAUUGGAUCUAAAUCAUCCAGAUUAGAUGUCGCCAACAGUGAGAGCCCAGAAAUUCCUUUGAAUCCAAUUUUGGCCUUUGAUGAUGAAGGGACACUUGGGCCCCUGCCUCAGGUAGAUGGUGUUCAAACACAACAGACAGCAGAAGUUAUAUGAGCAUUUCUUCUGAAGAACCAAAGCAGAAAUUUAAUAAGAAUUUCUACAAUUAAUGGAAUUCCUUCCAUGCUAUAAAGGAGCAUCCCCAUCUUCCAGUUUUCUAAAGAUUUCUUGACCAUCCUUUUGAAAAGACUUUAUUAAAGCCAGCUAAAGACAACAGACUGGAUAGCUUUUCUAAUAAUUUUCGCCAAUAGAGAAAAAGAAAUUUUCCUUAUCCUUCAGUACUUUACAAAGGCUUUUUCCAGUGUGCUCCUUCUUAGCAAAUCAAUAUUUUUCUGCAUUCUCUAAAAGACAAGAACAUUUGGCUAUUUUAAAAAAUGGGCUGACUAGGCAUGAUUUUUCACAUAAAUAUUGUGGUCUUUAAAAGCUAAUGUAAAAUUGGCACAAAAAAUUUUACCUUUUACAGUAUAAUACUUGAAAAAUAAGUACCUCUUUGCUCUACAAGUAGAGUGAAUAGGAGAGGUGUUUAAAUUAAGCCUGUUUGUUAAAUAUUACUGCAAAGAGUUCUAUUUGUAGAAGCAACUAUAGGCAGAUUACCAGGUUCUUGUAAAUGCAGUUUGUACAUGGACUUUCUGCAGACCCAGCUGUCAUAUUCUUGCAUCUCCUUUUGCAAAAGUGUACUAAACAGUUUUAAAAUGUGAAAAAAAAUUAUUUUUUCAGAGCAAGAAAAUAUACUGUCCUCUUAAAUAAUGUAUUUAUAAAGUUUUUUCCAGGUGAACUAAUCAAAUAAAUUAGAACAACGUGACACCAUUGCAAACUUUGAUUUAUCAGAUGCAUUCCUUAUGUUACCAGGAGGGAGAAUGUUAGUGAUGAUUCAGGGCUAUUUCUGAUGUCUGUAUAUUGCUGCUGUUCCCAGUGAUGAUGGGACUUACCUUUGCCUUACCUGAUCACAAAUUAUGGGGGGUGGGGGGGGCAGGGGGAGAUAGAGAUUUAAUAUUUCUUUAAAUAAAAAAAGAAUUUGGUUUUGCUCGUUUAAGAGCAAUGAAAACAUGAUGGAAUGUUGACUGUGUCUGGCCCACACAGAGCACUGUACAGGAUACCUUCACAAAUGUCCUCAUUCUCUGUGGGACCCAUUAGCUUUGACUUGUCACUCUUCCUCACUUUUGCUGCUGAGCUUAGCUGUACAAAUCUGUAUUUUCAUUUUCUAAUGUAAAUUCAAUUUCAUUUUGCCAUUUUUAGGAACCAACAACAAAAUAUUGAAGGAGAGGGGACUCUGAGGGAACAUUUUUUUUUUUUAAUGACGUGUUUAAAAAGGUAAACUUCCGGCACUAUAAUAUGUUGGCUUUCUUAAGAGAGGGAUUGGUUAUAUGGAAUGAGAAACUAUUCAUUUAUUGGAUGAUAUUCUUAAAAUCCAAGCUAUAGUAACAGCUGUAAUUUGUGAAAACAUUAAUUUGGGGGGUUUCCCUAUUCUCAGUUGUCCAUGUACACAUAGUCAUAUUAAAAAAAAAAAUCUGUUCAACAAAGUUGUUUCAUUUGUUUAAGUUGACCUAGCAUGAAACACCAAAUAAAAUGUGUUUGACAUA